AUGACAAUAUCUGCGCUCACCAAAAUCUCGGAUAUCCUAUUUCGAAAGAAGACGUUCGACGGUGGAUCCCAUUUGAAUUCCCAAAUGAAACGAUGUCUUACGAUACUUGAUGUGAUGUUCAUCGCUAUCGGUCAUAUGAUUGGAGCCGGGAUUUAUGUGCUCACGGGAUCGGUCGUCAGGAAUCAGGCGGGUCCGGCGAUCAUAUUGUCAUUCUUGUUUUCCGGAUUUGCCGCUUUGUUGUCGGCGUUCAGUUAUGCAGAGUUUGGAGCCAGAUUUCCGCGUGCUGGAAGUGCCUAUACCUACAGUUACGUGGGUAUGGGAGAGAUCUGGGCGUUCAUUGUGGGAUGGACGGUCCCAUUAGAGUAUAUGAUUGGAAAUGCGGCGGUGGCGAGAAGUUGGUCCGGUUACUUUGACACUUUGGUCUAUAAGAGUGUCUCCAAUUGGACAUUGACGAAUGUCGGACAUUUGAGUGAUGGACACGGAUUCUUCGCUCAAUACCCGGAUUUCCUUGCAUUCAUUCUGUUGUAUCUGGUGGCGAUUGCUGUGGCGAUGGGAUCGAAAUUUUCAGCCAAUGUGAACACCAGUUUUGUGGUGUUGAAUUUGGCGGUCCUCGCCUUCGUCAUAAUCUGCGGCUUCACCUACGCCGAUUUCUCCCUCUGGUCAGGUACCUACCCAGACGGCCGUUCCAAAUUCUUCCCCUACGGAAUCCAGGGAGCCGUAUCGGGUGCCUCCACCUGUUUUUUCGCAUUUAUAGGAUUUGAAGCCCUAGCGACCGCCGGGGAAGAAGCCAAGAAUCCUCAUCGGACGAUUCCUUUGGCCACUUUCAGUUCAUUGGCUAUAAUUAGUGUACUGUAUGUCCUAAUGGGGGCUUCGUUGACUCUUAUGGUACCGUAUGACCAAGUAGAUCCGGAUGCCGCGUUUGCAGCGGCGUUUGAGAUGAAAGGAGCAACUGUUGCGAAGAUUAUAAUGAGUGUUGGAGCUCUCGCCGGAAUGCUUAAUAACCUUGUCACCGGAGCAUUUGCCUUGCCGAGAGCUGUCUAUGCGAUGGCCGAUGACGGAUUGAUAUUUGGGUGGUUUGGAGUUAUCAACUCAAGAACUAAGACCCCCCUUAACGCCACUAUCGCAUUCACUAUUAUCAAUUCGGUGCUCGCAUUGGUUUUCGAUUUGGAGGCACUCGUGGACUUUAUGUCGAUUGGAACACUGUUGGCUUAUUCGAUGGUGUCGUUGUGUGUUGUGAUAUUGAGGCAUCAGAAGAUGUUGAAGGAUGGAAGUGAGGAGGAGUAUGAUGAUGGCGGCACACUAAAACCGUGGGUACCAUUCCGCUCCUUCUGGGACAACUUCUCUGACGGAAUCUCGAUUCGGUGUGCAACAGGUGCCCUGAUCUUCGGAUACGUCUGUCUCGCGCUUCCAUUCAAGACCGGAAUAUUCAGUAAUGCAGGUGGAAUUAUUCUAUUGGUUGUGGGCGCCGUCUGCUCAAUUAUCUCGUUUAUUUUCAUUUUGGGACAUGAACAGAACAAGUCGACGGCUACUUAUAAGGUCCCCUUUGUCCCAUUCCUCCCAUGCCUUGGUCUCCUCAUCAACGUAUUUAUGAUGGUAUAUCUUAAUUUAAUGACAUGGAUCCGACUAUUCGUAUGGCUUGCAAUCGGAAUUUUGAUCUACAUUGGUUACGGUAUUCGACAUAGUAAGGAGGCGAAGAAGAUGAAGAAUACAGUGGUGUCGAGUGAUAUGGCGGUGCUGAAGAACGGGGCGAACACCAAAGUUCAUUAA